GCAAGCGGGCGGGCGGCGCUCGGUCUCGGGGAGCGGGGCGGUCUCCGCCGGCGUCGCGCGCGCUGUGUGUAAGCGGGGUCGCGCGCGCGCGCGCGGCAGGCGAGUGAGGGAACGAGGAGCGGCCGGGUGUGAGUGUGUGGGAGUGAGAGUGUGUGGGAGUGAGAGUGUGUGGGAGUGGGGGUGAGGGAGAGGCUGACGGGCCGCGAGGCUGUGAGAAACUGGGCGAGUGUGCGAGGACGCCCGGCCUGGCUGCGGGAGCCGCGGUCGGCGGAGGAGAAAGGAGGCGGCUCCCGGUAUCCCGACCCCCUCCCCCUCCUCUCCUUCCCCUCACUUCCAGCCGCCCGGCGGCCCGCGCUUCCUCGAAGGCCCCAGCCCGGCUCCGUCGGCCGAGAGCGAGGGAGGAGCCCCCUGAGCCAGAUAGACAUUACAUCCAAGAGGAAAUAAUCCAGGCAAGGAAACACAAGCUAAUCAAGAUGUGUAGUUCUGUGGCUGCCAAGUUGUGGUUUUUGACAGAUCGUCGCAUCAGGGAAGACUAUCCUCAAAAAGAGAUUUUACGAGCGCUGAAGGCCAAAUGUUGUGAGGAGGAACUGGACUUUAGGGCUGUGGUGAUGGAUGAGGUGGUGCUGACAGUUGAGCAAGGAAACCUGGGUCUGCGGAUCAGUGGAGAGCUAAUCACUGCCUACCCACAAGUGGUGGUAGUCAGAGUACCAACCCCUUGGGUGCAGAGUGAUAGUGACAUCACUGUUUUGCGCCAUCUAGAGAAGAUGGGAUGCCGGCUAAUGAACCGACCUCAAGCCAUCCUGAACUGCGUUAAUAAGUUCUGGACAUUUCAAGAGUUAGCUGGCCAUGGUGUUCCUCUGCCAGAUACUUUCUCUUAUGGUGGCCAUGAAAAUUUUGCUAAAAUGAUUGAUGAAGCAGAAGUACUGGAGUUCCCAAUGGUAGUAAAGAAUACGCGGGGUCAUAGAGGUAAAGCUGUUUUCUUGGCUCGAGAUAAGCACCAUCUGGCUGAUCUAAGCCAUCUUAUUCGCCAUGAAGCACCAUACCUGUUCCAGAAGUAUGUUAAAGAGUCUCAUGGACGGGAUGUACGUGUCAUUGUCGUGGGAGGCCGUGUGGUUGGCACCAUGUUACGUUGUUCAACAGAUGGGAGAAUGCAAAGCAACUGCUCAUUAGGUGGUGUGGGGAUGAUGUGCUCAUUGAGUGAACAAGGGAAGCAGCUAGCUAUCCAGGUGUCUAAUAUCCUGGGGAUGGAUGUAUGUGGCAUUGACCUGUUGAUGAAAGAUGACGGCUCCUUCUGCGUCUGUGAGGCCAAUGCAAAUGUAGGUUUCAUCGCCUUUGAUAAGGCUUGUAAUCUAGAUGUAGCUGGUAUCAUAGCAGACUAUGCCGCCUCCCUUCUACCCUCUGGCCGGCUCACCCGGCGUAUGUCCCUGCUCUCCGUGGUGUCCACUGCCAGUGAGACUAGUGAGCCGGAGCUGGGUCCCCCAGCCAGCACUGCUGUUGACAACAUGAGUGCAAGUUCCAGCUCUGUUGACAGCGACCCUGAAAGCACGGAGCGAGAGCUGCUCACCAAGCUCCCAGGGGGCCUGUUCAACAUGAACCAGCUGCUAGCCAAUGAAAUCAAACUACUGGUGGACUGACUCCACUGGUAAUUAACCAACAAAACACUUGUAAAACUUUCUUUCUUUUUUCUUUUCUAUUUUUGAAACCAACUUGCAAUGCUGUUCAUGGAGGAUGCUCAGGAAGAUGAGAGAAAAUUAGUAGGAUUAGUUGGAGAGAGUGGGAGAUAGAUGAGACCUCUGCUCGUAAGAUGUAACUUUCAUUUACAAAUCCUACAAAUAGAGAGGCAGAAUAGGUGGGGUAUAGAAAAAUGUCAGGCUCUCAUAGUUACCCUUUUAAAUUGCUAAAAAAUUUGUAUACUCAUAGGCCAUGAGGAACAAAUACUUUUUUUUUUCAUGGUCCCUUGGUUUUGUUUUUGUACAAAAAAAAAAAAAAAAACAAGGUUUGCUACAAAUAUCCGAGUAGCAUAACUUCACAUUGUGUUGGAAGAUUUGUCAUUGAGGAAAACAUCUGCUUAAAUUACAGGAAUUUUUGUAUUAUACAGCUCUGAAAAUUCUGCCAUUUCCUUAUUAACUAGCAGCUUUCGUUUGUAGUUUAUGAAAUCUCGAGGGGCUCUUUUACUGGGAUUUCUUAUUUUUGUUUUUUCCCCCUUAAUUUGGUGGGAGGGUCAAAGUGACUAUAACCCAAUAAAGACUUCUUAAUGACAAAAUUGGCAUGUUUGCAUGAUGAAAUGGAAAUGAACAGUAUUGCAAUGUCUGGUAUACAAAAUAACAUUUAUUCAAUGUAGAUAAAAUUACACUAGUUUAAAAUAUGUGCAUUGACUUGUAUUUGUUAGUGUUUUAGUCUUUUUUGGAAGAUGUGCUCUGUUAAUGUUGCUUUUUUUUUUUUUUUAAUACAUGCUAGUCUAACAUUUCCUGCUCUAUGCCUGCAUCUUUAACAAUGGCCAAAGUGAAGAAAAUGCUACCUUUUUUGUUAACAAGACACUGACUUGAAACGUGUACAUUUAAAGCCUUUUAUUUUUUCCCUUUUUCUUUUGGUGGUUGGGCAUUUAAAUAAGGACAAGGAAAAAUAUUUUUGGGGGCAAAUCAAGAGCCUAUGAGUUCUAAGUAUACAGCUGAAGUGAUUUCGAAUGCCAGCGUUAUAUAUUUGCAUUUUUCACAUUUUACGAGGGAGUAUAUAUGUAUGUGUGUGCACGCAUGCAUGUGUAUGUGUUUUGCUUUUUGUUUACAUCAACUAAUCAAAAAGGAUAAUUUAGAAAAUGGAGCAUGAUGGGAAACAGAGUUUAUGACUUUAAAAAACAGAUGAGUUGUUUUCAUAAGUAGACUCCACUGGGGUAGAGGUAUUCACCUUAAAACAUAGGGUGAAUAGAUGCUUUUUUAGGCCUUUUUGUGUAUAUGUACGUUGUUUGUUUUUUUCCUUUUGUUUCUAGCCUGUUCAGUGUACAGUUUAUUCAAGGCUACAUGCUUUUCUUUAAUGCUUCUGGCGAUGCAUUUUCUCUUUUUACAUAUAGGAUUUGGGAUUGGGGGUGGGUUGGAUGUUUUUGUUUGGGGACUUAUUUAGUAGUAUUGAGUCUCUUAUAGCCCUACUCUUAAGCCUUCAAUACUGUCCACUCUUUAUAUUCCUUUACUUUCAGAAUUUAUAAAAGCCCCCAAACUGCAUAUAAUAUGAGCCUUUAAAACAUGGGUAAAACUAAUCCCAUUGAUGGGUUUGGAUGGUAUGUUAAGAAAUGGAGAUGCUGCAGAGCCCAACGUAAUUUUUUAAACAGCAAGUUUUCCAUCUCCCUACAAAUCCUCUGAAGCCUUUACCCAAGCCUUUCUUGCCUCUCCAGUGCUAUUUUCCUUCAGAUGGACCUUAAACAUAAUUUCUUGGACACUACUAGAGAGACUUCGAGGCAAUAAUAAAAUAUCAGUAUUAACCAGCUAUAACAGAGGUUUGAUCAUGCUUACUUGUACAGUUUUUCCCCCGUUUUAAAAAGGAAUGUAAUAAAAUUUGUUUUUUCCGUAGAAUUAAAUAAUAUUAAAAUUGA